CCCAGGAGCUUCAGCUGUGCUAACGACAGAAGAAGAAAGUUUUAUUGUCAAAUGGGUUUGUUAUCUGGCGGAAAUAGGCUUUCCAGUAACAAAAUAUCAACUUGUAAACUGCGUUACUAACUUGGUUAUGGAACUAAAUCGGCCGAAUUCUUUUAAAAAUAAUAUACCAGACAGAAAGUGGUUGCAAGGGUUUUUGAAAAGAAAUCCCACAGUGAGUCAACGUGUUUCGCAAUCCUUAACAGUUUCUCGUGCAUCGGUAACAGAAUCUUCCAUAAGAAGUUGGUUUAAAAGAGUAUAUCAAUACUUGGAAAAUAACAAUUGUCUCGAUGUUUUAGAAGAUUCAACACGAAUCUUCAACUGUGAUGAGUCCGCGUUUUUUCUUUGUCCAAAAGGUCAAGCAGUUUUGACAAAACGCGGUUCAAAGCAUGUAUACUUCAGAUCUGGCAAUGAUGAUAAAGAAUGUUUUACAUUAUGCAUAGGAGCUUCCGCUUCCGGUAAAAUGAUGCCAACUUUUGCUCUCUUUCCAUACAAAAGACUUCCAACCAACAUACUUUCCAAAUUUCCUUCUGAUUUGGCUAUUGGAAAGUCGGAUUCAGGCUGGAUGACCUGUGAAACAUUUUAUGAAUAUAUAACAAAUGUCUUUUAUCCCUUCAUCCUGAAAGAAAAUAUACAACUCCCAAUCGUACUAUUUUUGGAUGGGCACACGUCACAUUUGUCGCUGCAUCUUAUUGAGUUUUGCAAGAAGCAAGGAAUCAUACUUAUAGCGCUUCUUCCAAACUCGACACACUUGCUGCAAUCAAUGGAUGUUGCAGUAUUUCAUAGUUUAAAAAAUGACUGGAGAAAGCAAAUACAAAAUUGGAGAAUGCUAAAUAAUGGACAAAGAAUAAAACGGGAAGAUUUCGGACCUAUUGUUCAGAAAUACAUACAAUCUACAAUCACUUCUGAUAUACUACAAAACGGUUUUAAGGCUUGUGGCAUAUUUCCGUUUAAUGAAGAUGCAGUGGCUUACAAUAAAAUUUUAAAACCUGACAUCAGAGACACAUCCAAUAUAAUCAGAGUACCAAACAUGAAUAUCGCAGAAAUUUCAGAGAACUAUGAAGCAACAAAAACACUUGAAACUAAUUCCGAAGAAUUUUUACAAAGUUUUGAGAAAAGGUUGCCGGCUGAAAAGCUUAAACUGUUUAUUGAGUGCAGCGGAACUUGGAAAGGUGAUGUUAAGGACGAAAACUUAUUUUACUUUUUGAGAAGUGUUAAGAAUGAGCAAACAAGCAGCUGCAUUGCAAGUAUUUCUAAUUCCGAUCUUAAUAUUACGAGUAUUUUAGCUAACAACGACUGUUUAUUGGAUAUCGAAAACAUGAGUAUUGAUUUCAUAGAUUUCAAUGAAGAAUUAGUUAACAAACAUAAUUUGAGCAGUUCAACUUCAUCUUGUGCCGUGAAGUCCAAGCAGCGUAAAGUAGUACAUAUAUUGGACAGUGUACCUUGCCCAGUAGCUCAAGCCAUUAACUUCGAAGAUAUCCCAACAACUGUCAACCAUCCACCAAGACCUCAGUUGCCCCCUAGGGAGGCGAAUGGCAAUGUAGACGUGGUUAAUAUUAAUUCGAGAACUCCACCAAAAAGCAAAGUUAAUGCAAUAGAAAUAAAAUAAUCUGAAUUUCCAACGCCUUUCAAAAAUGCUCUUUUCUGGCCAGAGCCCCAACCAGUGAACCCGAACAAAAAAUUUGUCAAGAAAAAAUUAACCCCAACUGUCGCCACUGCUUCUGAAUACAUUGAGUAUCAGCGACGCUUGGAUGAAGAAAAAAAGAUUAAGAAA